AUGUCUUUAUUUGGAAACAACAGCAACUAUGGAUCGUAUUUUACGUGUCGGUCUCUUUAUUCAAAUCUUACACAACUCAAAUUAUUCAAAUUUCGUGCAAAUGUUUUUUUACCUUUUUGUACAGAUGAAUUACUUUUCCGAUACAACUUCAAAAAACAAAUUACAGAUCUUACAAUAACUGACCGCGGUGGUAAAAAUGUUUUACAUAAUUUGAAAUGUUUCUCAUUGACAUAUCAAUCUUUAACUAAUGAGUAUGAUAAUCAAGUUGUACGCUUUCUUCGUAAAAUGUGUAAUCUCCAAGAUUUAACAUUAUAUAUUCAAAUCAAGGAACGAAAUAGACUUGUCAAUGGUAUUCAACUUGAAAAUAACGUUCUUAUUUAUUUGUCAAAACUUCAAACAUUCGGUUUUUAUAUCUGCACUUUUACUAGUGGUAAUCACACGGCUACUUCUUUAUCAAAUGAUGAUAAUCAACUAACUUUUUCUAAUGUAAAAUUUGGACGAGCUGGUUGUAGUAUCAGUCAUAUCAAUGAGUUUGAUAUCACAUACAAUGUUUUCUCACUUCCAUUUAAAUUUUAA